AUGGUGCAAGGAGGCGUGACUACUGGACUAACUUUUUGUGACGAUGCUUCUGAACCAAAAAAACCAGCAGAUCUUAUACUAGUUAAAAAGAUUCAUGCCUCUGGUUUAAUUAUCAACAAUAACUCUGAAACAGACUUGAUAAGAAAUGCAGAAUUACAUACCAAAGAAAUCGAACCUGGACAGAAAAAACUAGGCUCUUACAUUACUGUUCAAAUAAUAAAACAAUUAAUUAAAAGUCUUGAUCAAUUUCCUCAUAAAGCUCACUUGGCAAAUUUCCUUAAUGAAAAUCCUCCAGUAAAAAUAAUGCUUGCUCCUAAUCAUUUUUCCAAUUUAGUACUGACGGAUAAUUUACCCUCUCCCCCUCAUAUAGAUUCAUAUCAUGAGUUAUGGGAUAGUAUUAUUAAGAGUACUAUGGAGACAUUUGUAAUGCAUAGCACUAGUUUACCAACAUUAGAAUUUGAUCAUAAUACAAGCAAACGAACCUCAACAGGUGAAUUAAGUGAAGAAAAGUCCCGGGAAGAAGCAGGGGAUCCUUCAAAUGAAUUAGUUGAUAAAAUCAAAGAUUGGACCUAUGGAUAUGCACCAUACAUUUUUGCAUACUAUGCUGUUGGUCCUCUAGUCACAUUUUUUAUUUUGUAUAAGCCUGAAAAUAAGAAGAGAAAACUGGAGAUUUGUUCUGAACAGAUUGCAGAGUUUGAUUUAGGGCAUUGUCGUAUAUUACCUUUUAUAGUGAAUUUAUGCCCUGCAAGGGAUUCACCAGAAUUUCAAACAAUUAUUCGACCAAAUGGAACUAUUAUUGAACUCGGAUUUUCUGACAAAUUAGAACAUUCAUCUACACAUUCUGUUAAUUUGAUGUCACACGGGGAGCAACGAGAACCAAAUGAUCUCAAAGAAUUACUGCAAGCAUUAAUUUGUAUACUAACUUGUUUGAAGGGUAUGCAUGAAAUUAAGCCUAAACCAAUGAUAUUCGAUGGCCAAACAUUAUUCGCCAUUAUAGGAGGUAUCAAUAUUUCAUUUUUAAUUGACUUUGACUAUGCUACCUUUUCCCCUGAUGAUAGGCCUUUAAAAGAAUUUUCUGAAAGUGAUUAUGCCCCUGAAAUGCUAAUUAAAAGCAUUGAUAUAUGGGGUGUUGGUAAUUUGGUUAGUUCAUGUAAUGUCGCAGGCAUUUCUCAAGAACUUUUAAGUUUCAAUGUAGAUUUAUGUAAAAGUGAUCCAGAUAGUCGACCAACUGCUUCAGUUGCUCUUAAUCAGGCAAAAGAUAUGUUUAGAAAG